ACCUUUUUGUAGAAUCCUUAAACAUUACAAAUCGCACAGCACCUGAAACCAACGCAGCAACACCAAACUGAACUAAAAACUAAAGACCUUGCAAGUUGCAACCAUAGUUAGCAUUGAUAGACUAGAAUAUUUGUUAGAAUAUUCUUGUAAUUAAAUCUGUAUCUCUUCCAUUCAUAGAAUAGUCAAUACCUUCCUAAACUAUUUUAAGCAAUUCAUUGAUGUAUAGUUAAUAGGCUUCUAUGUUGGUCACACAUGAUCAUUGUAUUUAUAUUGAUACAGAUUAAUGGAAAAGACACGGGAAAACAAUUCCUUUCAUGGUAUCAAGAGACCUAGGUUACAGAAUUUAGCCUCUCAACCUUCUGUUACACGAUUUUCUUUCUGUUUCUUUUUCUCCAUCCACUAUCAUGUCAAUCCCAACCCCUGACCCCACUAUGUCAACCCCAAACCAUGCUGCUAUUCCUACAUCGCAGCCCUCUUCUUCACCAAAGAACCCCUUCCAUCCGGCUCUCGCCGUAACCAACAUCAAGAACCACAUCCCCAUUGUUCUUGAGAUGGAAAACGUUCAAUUUGGUACUUGGGUUGAACUUUUCAAAAUUCAUGCUCGCUCUCAUAAGGUCCUUCAUCACAUCAUUCCUCCCGCACCAGGCAAGGAAACGAAGACACCUGAAACUGAUGAUGAGCAAGAGCUGUGGGCAACUCUUGAUGCAACAGUUCUACAGUGGAUUUAUUCCACUAUCUCCAGCGAUCUGUUGGCUACCAUCAUUGAACCAGACUCCACUGCCAUGGAGGCCUGGAAUCGAUUGACCAACAUCUUCCAGGACAAUCAAAACGCUCGCGCAGUCACUCUCGAGCAGGAGUUUUCCUCCGUUCGCAUGGAAGAUUUUCCCACUGCUUCCGCCUACUGUCAGCGACUCAAAACGCUGUCUGACCAAUUGAAGAAUGUUGGAGCCCCUGUCUCCAAACAGCGACUCGUUCUCCAACUUGUCUCCGGACUCACCGAUGCAUACAAAGGGGUCGGUACACUUAUUCGGCAAAGCAAAACUCUUCCAGAAUUUUAUCAGGCCCGCUCUAUGCUUAUCCUUGAGGAAGCCGGUCUAAUUAAGAUGGCGGCUACCGGCGCACAGGCUGCGAUGGUUGCGACACAACCAAAGGACCUUGUUGAACCAUCCUCCUACAAUGAUAACCGCGGCGGUAAGAAGAAUAACAGCCGGAAUUCUGCUCAUAAAAACCGCAGCAAUUACGGUAGAAACGGCGGACGUGGUCAAAGAUAUUAUUGUUUCACCAUCCAUGUUCCUUGAUCAUCUCCCUUGGAGAUGCCAUAGUGCCUUGAAAAAAAUAUUGAAAGAUCUAACUGCUAAAGAUCAAGUAAUGGAAGGUCGCUUAAUCUGAUCUUAUUAGGUCAACAUAAUGCUUACUUUGUGCUGAACGUGACAUGAACCAGAUUAAAUAUUUUCCUCCGGAUUCUUUGUAUUGUGAUUCUUAUGGGUGAGAUCAAGAUGUAUAGCAAGGAACGAGCCUUCUGAGAUUGGGCAAAUUCGCUCUUCUAUGAGGAGUAGAUAGAUAAUCAUUUAAAGAAAAGCAUACGUGUCUAUGUUCAUAAUACAUAUGUAAAAUAUAUCAUCUUCUGUUAAUCUAUAGAUAGAUAGAUGUUCUUCA